AUGAAUGAAAUGACCUUUUCCAGGAGGAUAGACAUGCUGGAUAACAGCAUCAAGGAAUUGGAGAGAGGUACUCACAGAGAGGACGAGUCCAAGCUGCCUGCUAUGUUUCAGAUUUGUGAUCGUCUUGUUGAAUGUGGACAGCAGCCUCCAAGGCUUGUGAAACGCUAUAACGAACUGAAGAAUAGAUACAAAUGCAUUUCAAGUCCCUAUAAAGAACUAGAUAAUGAGAUAUCUGCAUGUAAAAUGCAUAUGGAGGCACUGAGUCGGAAGAGCUCGAUAGAUGAGAUUACUAGAAGUGUUCAAGAGGUUGUCGCUGUCUCGAACUACAUAAACUAUGCAAUCAACGACGCCAGAUUUCCCAUUGAUAAUGUUAUGGAACAUCUUGAAGAAGGUGAGCAGUAUGGAAUGCUCGUCAACGAGCAGCUGAGUAUUACUAGAAGAAGAAAGCUUUGGAAAGCCAAGAUUAUCCAAUCGAUUCUGCUACUUUUAUUCUCUCUGGUUGGAGUUUUCGUGCUUCUUAAGAUUGUCUUCUAA